CGAACUGUCAACAGUUCCGUCGGUCCCAGAGGCGCCGUUCAUCCCGGCGUUGCUUUAGACUCCAGCAUCUGCCGUCUCCAGUCUUUUCCUCCGGCGGCCCGCUUUUUGCCCCCAGUUUUCUCGUCCCAAGGACGCGACCCUCCGCAUGCAGUCGGGGAUCAACAAGCGGAGGAUUUGUGCGUGUGUGGGAAUGUCACAUCGGAAUUUCAGCGUGGGUUGGUUGAUCGGAGCCUGAUUGUCUUCGAUGACUGAAUGGAAGACGAGGUGCCCGUUUUAUUUCUGACGGGACAUUAGAGGCGCACGGUGACCAGAAGGAAAAUGAGACUCACACCCCUGAGUGAGAGCGUUUAAGAGCCCAGCGCGUGUAGGGAGCCUCGGCGCGUUACGCAGACAGAGAGGGGAGCAAUACUGGCCGCGGUAGGGAGCAACCAAAUGUGUUGGUUGAAUAUUUUACCAAUAUUAGCAACAUUGAAAAAUAAAGAAUUCUCCAUCCCAGCCGGAAACAGCUUUGUAUCUGAAUUGGAGCUCCCGCUUUUCUGAUCGUUUUCGAGCACCGUUGAUCCGCACAGGGUGUUCGAUACUUCGAGUGUGAGAAGCAUUCGAGAUGUCACUCGACCCGGUAACAGAGGCGCAAGCUUACGUCGGACAGGGGCUCACUGCCCGCUCUGAGCGUGGGGAGGGAAUCGAGGAUUCAACCCCGCUGCUGAUGCACCAGGUAUCUCAGACCGGGGAGGGGACUCUCAGCGGCCUGGUAGGCGGGAAACUGCUCAGCCACUCAUCGGAGCUGCUGGAACAGCAGCAGGGUCCCGCCGGGGAGAAGCCGUUCGCCUGCCCCGUGUGCGGGAAGGGAUUCGCUCAGUCAUCGCAGCUGCUCAGGCACCAGCAGGUUCACAGUGGGGAGAGGCCGUUCACCUGCUCUGCGUGUGGGAAGGAAUUCACCUCCUCGUCCCACCUGCUGCGGCACCAGCAGGUCCACACCAGGGAGCGCUCCUUCACCUGCCCCAGGUGCGGGAAGGGGUUGACCAGCUCCUCUCACCUGCUGAGACACGAGCAGGUUCACAGUGGGGAGAGGCCGUUCACCUGCUGCGUGUGCGGGAAGGGCUUCACGUGCUCCUGGCACUUGGUGAGGCACCAGGAAGUCCACAGCGGCGAGAGUUCCUACACGUGUUCCAAGUGCGGGAAGGGGUUCACUCGCUCGUCGCACCUCCUGAGACACCAGCGAGUUCACUCGAGCGAGACGCCGUUUGCGUGCUCGCGGUGUGGCAAGGCGUUCCCGGACCCAUCCCAGCUGCUGGUGCACCAGGCAUCGCACGCCAGAGGGAGGGCCUUCAUCUGCUCCGUGUGCAAAAAGACGUUUAUUUCCCCGUCCCAGCUGCAGAACCACCAGCGGGUCCACACCGGGGAGAGGCCGUUCACCUGCUCCGAGUGCGGGAAGGGCUUCACGCAGUCGUCCUACCUGGUCAACCACCAGCGAAUUCACACCGGCGAGAAGCCGUUCACCUGCUCCGAGUGCGGGAAGGGCUUCACGCGUUCGUUCAACCUGGUGACCCACCGGCGGGUUCACACCGGGGAGAGGCCGUUCACCUGCUCCGAGUGCGGCAAGGGGUACGUUCAGUCAUCCCAGCUGUUGAAGCACCAACAAAUUCACAAUGCAAGCUUCCAGUGAGUUCCACGUUGGGUGUCUGGACGCAAGUGGCUGCCUCUGUUGGAUUCUGCCGUUCCUCAGCCUCAGGACUUGCACCUUGUCGUUUGACAUGGUCGGUAGCUGGUUCUACCCUGAGAUCCUCUCCAUGCCUUGUGGCGCCGUUUCUUUAGCAUUUGUCCGUUUUGUACGAGGCCGAAUAUUCAGCUCGACGCUCGACCCAGCACAGAUGGAAAGCGUGGAUGGGGCCGGCCGGAUUUUGAACUCGGGACCACUCCCCUCGAAGUGGCCAGCAUACUACUGAUGUUAGGAAACUCUUAUAACUAAUUCUCGAUCUGUGGACAAAUAAAUGAGUUUUGUUUUAAACCUUGCACCCCAUGCCCUUAUUGCGUCCAGUUGUCAGCCCCCAGCACCCCUCCCCCCACCGGUCUCUGCUAGGUUAUCUGUUUAUUGAGUUACAGUGUGGAGUUGUCCAUACCGGC